AUGGAAUCAAGAACAGUAUUAUCAGUGACAGUGGUAGUGGUAGCAACACCACCCGGUCGUAUCACCCAGUUUUCGGCUGUGCGAGCAGCGUCUGUCCGUAGUCGCCACGCGUUAGCAAGGACCCGCUUCGCUCGCACACUAACAACGUCCAUAGUUCCCGACGCUCCGCCAAUCACGGACGGACAGCUGGAGCAGCUGCACGAUUUCGUGGCUGACAGCCGGCGGUUGCUGGUGCUGACUGGCGCUGGGGUGAGCACGGAGAGCGGCAUACCGGAUUACAGAAGCCCAGGCGGAGCAUACAGUAAGGGGUACAAGCCAAUGAUACAUCAGGACUUUGUUCGUUCCCGGUCUGCCCGGAGACGCUACUGGGCUCGCAGCUUCAUUGGCUGGCGGAGAUUUUCAGCUGCCCGGCCGGGCAUGGCGCACAGGGCUCUGGCGCGGCUGCAUGAGAGGGGGAGGCUGGCGGGUGGCAUCAUCACUCAGAACGUCGACAGACUGCACCACAUUGCGGGAAGCCCAGCCCUUGAACUCCACGGCACUACGCACGAGGUGGUCUGCAUGCAAUGUGGAGAUAUCUCGUGUCGAAGAACCUUCCAGGAGAGAAUAAAAGUAGCCAACCCUGAGUGGGCAGCAGCAGUGGAGCAUUUGGAAGAGGGCAGACCAGCAGGGUCGGACGAGUCAUUUGGCAUGCAAAGGCUUCAGAAAAGGAGUGGAGAAUCAAGGAAUGCUGGUCUUGGAAGCGCUGAUGUGGGGGUGUCCGAACGGGAGUUGAUGGGCAUGCGGAGGCGGCCGGAUGGGGAUAUAGAGAUCAGCGAGGAGGAGUGGGAGAGGCAUGGCGAGUUCGUAGUGCCGAGCUGCAAUGCAUGUGGUGGCGUGCUGAAACCCAAUGUUGUACUUUUUGGGGACAACCUUCCACCUGCCCGCAAUCAAGAAGCUGCCCGGAUGAUGUCAUCUGCCGACUCACUAUUGGUCGUUGGCUCCUCGCUGAUGGUGCUAUCAGCUUUCAGAAUUGCAAGCCAAUGCGUGCAAGAAGGCAAGCCGUUAGCACUGCUGGCUGUGGGCCCCAACCGUGCUGAUGGCAUUGCUAGGAUCAAGAUAGAGGCGCGAUGUGGGGAGGUGCUUUCACGGCUCCUAGCAUCAGGGUCUCUUGACGUGCCUGUUGGGAUCUGA